GCUUUGGCGGAGUUUGAGGAGGAGGCGUUGGAAGAGGGGUAUGAUGAGGACGACGAGGAGCCUGAAGACGACGAGGACGGCGACGGGGGGGAGAUGGAGCCGGCCGUGGACGAGUCGUUGAAUUCCGCAGCCGGCAUUGAUAGGCUGGGCUCCGUCAUCUUGUCUGUGGCGCUGCCGCUGGCGGCGCAGGGCUCCCUGCAUCGGCAGAUGUACGUGUCACAGCAGCAGCGGCCGCCGCUGACGAUGACGCCCACGCAGCCCCAGCAGCCCCAGCAGCAGGCACCAGCGGCGGGCUGCAGUCCUCCAAACCACAUUGGCCAUGUCCCAUACGAGCCACAGUACUCGAACGAGCCGUCUCUAAGUUCCAUUCCGUCUCCGACCAAAGACGGCCUGGUCCGCCCCACCUCCGAGACCUCCUACCCUUCGUCUACCAGUGGUGAGGGCAGUGGGUGCUUGGAGAACGCUGCGGGGCCGGCUUCUGGGCCCGUACCAGCUUUCCCCGCCGUGCAGGAAGCAAACGGCAGCCUGGCCGCUGCUGCCGCCUCCGCUGGUGUUGGCGGGGGCGGGGGCAAGGGUGGGGCCCGGGGCGGGGGGGGGGCCGGGGCCCCGAUCUGGCGGCGGCGAAACGCGUUUGUAGAGUGGGCGAACACGAUGCAUCACGAAAUGGUGGUUGAAGAGCAGCCGCCUGGCGGAAGCAGCGCGAGUGGUGGUGGUGGUGGCGGUGGCAGUGGCAACGGUAGCGGCAGUGGUGUCCCUGGCGGAGGUAUGCCUGGACAUGGCAACACGGUGGCAGGCGGGGCAGGCGGCACAGAGCAGCACGCGUCAUCAUCAUCGGGCUACAAUGUUCCCUUGGCGCUUGCGGCGGACACGCUGCCACCGGAGGGUGUGCAGUUCCAGUAUGCGCCGGGCGUCUACAUCACGUUGAAGCCACCGGCACAAAAAGGCGGCCCGGUUCGGCUGGUCAAGGUUCGCUUCAAUCGCAAGAUGUUCACGGAGCAGUCUCAAGGCCAGGCCUGGUGGAACAUGCACAGGGCGACAUUGGCGGAGAUGUACGAGCUGACCUUCAACAUGGGGACAAGUGCUUCUGGCCGAGAGGCUUUGGCGGAGUUUGAGGAGGAGGCGUUGGAAGAGGGGUAUGAUGAGGACGACGAGGAGCCUGAAGACGACGAGGACGGCGACGGGGGGGAGAUGGAGCCGGCCGUGGACGAGUCGUUGAAUUCCGCAGCCGGCAUUGAUAGGCUGGGCUCCGUCAUCUUGUCUGUGGCGCUGCCGCUGGCGGCGCAGGGCUCCCUGCAUCGGCAGAUGUACGUGUCACAGCAGCAGCGGCCGCCGCUGACGAUGACGCCCACGCAGCCCCAGCAGCCCCAGCAGCAGGCACCAGCGGCGGGCUGCAGUCCUCCAAACCACAUUGGCCAUGUCCCAUACGAGCCACAGUACUCGAACGAGCCGUCUCUAAGUUCCAUUCCGUCUCCGACCAAAGACGGCCUGGUCCGCCCCACCUCCGAGACCUCCUACCCUUCGUCUACCAGUGGUGAGGGCAGUGGGUGCUUGGAGAACGCUGCGGGGCCGGCUUCUGGGCCCGUACCAGCUUUCCCCGCCGUGCAGGAAGCAAACGGCAGCCUGGCCGCUGCUGCCGCCUCCGCUGGUGUUGGCGGGGGCGGGGGCAAGGGUGGGGCCCGGGGCGGGGGGGGGGCCGGGGCCCCGAUCUGGCGGCGGCGAAACGCGUUUGUGGAGUGGGCGAACACGAUGCAUCACGAAAUGGUGGUUGAAGAGCAGCCGCCUGGCGGAAGCAGCGCGAGUGGUGGUGGUGGUGGCGGUGGCAGUGGCAACGGUAGCGGCAGUGGUGUCCCUGGCGGAGGUAUGCCUGGACAUGGCAACACGGUGGCAGGCGGGGCAGGCGGCACAGAGCAGCACGCGUCAUCAUCAUCGGGCUACAAUGUUCCCUUGGCGCUUGCGGCGGACACGCUGCCACCGGAGGGUGUGCAGUUCCAGUAUGCGCCGGGCGUCUACAUCACGUUGAAGCCACCGGCACAAAAAGGCGGCCCGGUUCGGCUGGUCAAGGUUCGCUUCAAUCGCAAGAUGUUCACGGAGCAGUCUCAAGGCCAGGCCUGGUGGAACAUGCACAGGGCGACAUUGGCGGAGAUGUACGAGCUGACCUUCAACAUGGGGAACAAGUGCUUCUGGCCGAGAGGUCGGGAGAGGCCAAGAGGCUGA